UUGUCACUCUUGAAUUGGGGGCGGAGGAAUCUAGAAAGCCCACUGCAGCCUGCUAUAAAAAGAAAAGGGGUUAGCGGGAAGAGAGCAAAGAGAGUGAGUGUAGCAGAGAGAGGGGGGGAGACAGAGUAAGGGGAGAGAGGGAGAGCAGCAAGCAGCCCGUGCCGGUGCCGAGAGAACACAGUGUCACUCUCUGCCUGGGUGUCUGUAGCUGCCCUGAGUGUAACAGAGGGAAAGGCUGAUUGUGCGUGAGCGUGUGCCUGUGUGUGUGGAUAAAACCCUGGCUCGGUCUCUGCCUCCGGGUCUCCAGCCCCUCGGGGUUGCUCUACGGGCUCCCCAAAGUAGCGCCUACUAACCUGGAACUGGAGGACGUGUGCUCUGACACAGUGCAGGGACUCAGACAAAAGACGAGAAAGACAAGGGGAGAAGGAAAGAAAACAGGAGGAAAACCAACCCCCAGACAGCUAAACCAGAAGGUGUGGGGGUCUAUGUGUGGGGGAAAUAACCCUACCCUUCUUCUAGCCCUUGGGGGCCCUUGAAUUCGGGCCGAUUUGCAUCCCCCCGUUCUCCCCCGGCUGGCUGGGGGCAGGGACGAAGGAGGGCGGACUUCGAAGCUCCUUCCCAAGUUGUCUGGGGCAGGGCUGCUCAGCUGGGCUCUGCAUCACCUUGGGGCACGCCUUCUGGGGUGGGGAGGCGCUUCGCAUCUUACUGCCUGAAGAAUUUCCCCAACUCGUGAAGAAACCGGCGCUGGAGAAGUGACCUCUGGUCUCGGAACUCCCAGCCUGAAUGGUUAAGACUGAGUUUGCACUUUUCUAGACUCCAAUUUCCCGAAGUCACUCAAGGUUUGGGGGACAGUGACUGAGACUCCCUCUCGCUUCCUGCAUCUUGGGCUAUUUGCUGGCUCUCUUUUUGGAAGAUCAGUUCUGGGUUUCAUUGCUUCCUUGCUACUUCUCCCUCCCCUCCUAGGUUUUUACCUUUAUUGGGGUCCCCUCUUGCUUUGCUGGGGAGAUGACCCUUAUGAUGUGGAAUAAGGAAUCCUCCCGCUGCCUCCUUUUACUAGCCGCGGUCCUGAUGGUGGAGAGCUCCCAGCUGGGAAGCUCGAGAUCCAAACUGAACUCCAUCAAGUCCGUCCUGGGCGGGGAGACCCCGACUCAGGCAACCAAUCGAUCUGCGGCCAUCUACCAAGGACUGACUUUCGGCAGCAGUAAGAAGGGCAAAAACCUGGGGCAGGUAGGAAAAUCGUCAAAACACAGUCAUCAGCAAGGAGAGGCCUAUCCUUGUAGCAGUGAUAAGGAAUGUGAAGUUGGAAGAUACUGCAACAGUCCCCACCAGGGUUCUUCAGCCUGCCUGGUGUGUAGAAGAAAAAAGAAGCGUUGCCAUAGAGACGGCAUGUGUUGCCCUGGCACCCGCUGCAACAAUGGUAUCUGUAUCCCAGUUACUGAAAGCAUCUUAACUCCUCACAUCCCAGCACUGGAUGGCAUGCGCCAUAGAGACCGCAAUCAUGGACACUACUCACAUCAUGACUUAGGCUGGCAGAAUCUAGGAAGACCACAUUCUAAGCUCACACACAUAAAAGGACAUGAAGGAGACCCCUGCUUGAGGUCAUCAGACUGCAUGGAAGGGUUUUGCUGUGCUCGUCACUUCUGGACCAAGAUUUGCAAACCAGUGCUACAUCAGGGGGAGGUGUGCACCAAGCAGCGUAAGAAAGGUUCUCAUGGCUUGGAGAUCUUCCAGCGAUGUGACUGUGCCAAAGGCUUGUCUUGCAAAGUAUGGAAAGAUGCUACCUAUUCCUCCAAAGCCAGACUCCAUGUGUGUCAGAAAAUAUGACCUGAAAUGAUGAAAGCAUCCCUAGUAGACUGUGAAUUUGUGUAUUUAAUGCAUUAUGGCAUGGUGGAAAAGAAGGGUAGUAACAAAGCAGGAGGGCUCAAAGGAGGAUUAUGAUAAGAGUACAGAUCACCAAAAAAGGAAAAGAAACCAAUUAACCACAAAAGUCCCCCAAAGUGGUUUGGAAUGGUUUUGGAAUGGCCAACGCCCAAUUCUGGAGUGUUUCCAUUAUGCAAACUUGUUUAUGUAAAUAAUGUAAACAUUUGUGAAAAUGUUAUUAAAAAAGGCAUGAAAUGGAAAUUACUGACAUUUACCAUGUGUCUUCACAUGAAUUUAGGCUGUGCCAGAGGAUAGGUUUCCAUGAAGGUGUUAAUGGCUAUUGAGACAAUGGACAAACUGAAUUUCUAUAUAAAGCCAUAUUUGAAUGAAAUCCCAUUCUUGAAGUUCACUUAAGCAUCAUGCCAAUUGCUGGGAAAUGGUAUAAAAUGCAGGCAGUGUCUGAAUUGCAUUCACAAUCCAGUGUCCACGAUUUCAUUUAAAAUGCUGCACAUGGUUAGAUGGGAGUUUAUUCCAAAGAUAGCUAUUAAAAUCCUAAUUGACAUUUUCAAAAUGAUUCUUCUUCUUCUUCUUCUUCUUCUUCUUCUUCUUCUUCUUCUUCUUCUUCUUCUUCUUCUUCUUCUUCUUCUUC